AGAGAGAUGAACAAUGAUACAUUCUGAGUCUCUGACAAAGUUUAACAACCGCCUUUUACAGGAAGGCUUGUAGCCCUACUUGCGUCAAUCCAAGAGAGAGAGCAGUUGACAGACUGCACUGUUCUUCUUCUCCGUAUCUUCCUCCCCACAACCUCAUCCAUUUCUCCAUCCCUUCUCUCUCUACACUCUGUAAUUCGCAUAUAGAUUCCAUAAACACGUUCACCACAGAUUUAUAUUCACAAAAUGCCUGCAUUUCAUUGAUUCCCGUUCCCUGCCCAACGAAUCACUCAUUCUUCUGCAUAAUCGAGCGUAGUCGGCCGUACAUCAUGUCUACCCAGCCCAAAUCUGCUGUAUCUGGAGCUCCGGCUAAAGUAUCAAUGGCAACCACUCGUGUGAGCAAGACUAGCAGCAGGGGAGCAGUUAAAUCCAAUGCGGAUGCUGCUUCUCCCCUGCAAAGUUCUCGCCUCUCGGUUGAUCGCUCCCCUAGAUCUGUUCCAUCGAAGCCUGCAGUCGACCGCCGCUCUCCCAAACUCACCACUCCGCCUGAAAAAAAGGCGGCUCGUGUUUCAAAACCGUCUGAAGUUCAGCCUGAACUGAGUCUAGCUAAGGAAGAACUUAAGAAGGCUGAGGAGAAGCUGGUUUUGGUUCAGAAUGAAAAAGAGAAGGCUCUUGAUGAAUUGAAAGAAACCCGGAGAUUGGCUGAGGAAGCAAAUGAGAAGCUCCGGGAGGCAUUGAUUACACAGAAACGAGCAGAAGAGAAUUCUGAGAUUGAAAAGUUUCGAGCAGUUGAAAUGGAGCAGGCAGGCAUUGAAGCUGCUCAAAGAAAUGAGGAGGAACGGCAGAAAGAGCUUGAAACGGUUAGGGACCAGCAUGCGGCGGAUGUUGCUGCUCUUCAAUCUGCCACUCAGGAUAUUCAGAAGGUGAAGGAAGAACUAGCCCAGAUAAGUCAUGCAAAAGAGCAGGCACUGCAGCAUGUAGAAGAUGCAACAAAAUUGGCAGAGGCUCACGCACGAAAGGUUGAAGCUCUCUCAGCUGAGUUGGCCCAUAUGAAAUCUGUGCUUGAUUCUAGAGUCGAAAUGGAGGCAAGUGAAAAAGAUAAGUUUGUAUCAGAACUGAAAUCAGAGAUAGUUUCCCUGAACCAGCAACUUAAAAAGGCUCAAAUGUUGGAGGAGAAUUUGGCAGAAAAAGAGGCUAUCAUAGAGCAACUAAAUGUUGACCUCGAGGCUGCAAAAAUGGCCGAGUCUUAUGCUCGUAACCUGGUGGAUGAGUUGCAAGAAAAAGUUAAGGAAUUAUCAUCUCAAGCUGAGCAAGCAAAGAGAUUGGAGAGAUCUGCAUCAGAAUCACUGGAAUCUGUGAUAAAACAACUUGAAGGAAGCAAUGAUUCAUUGCAUGAUGCCGAAUCACAGAUUGGAUCGCUCAAGGAGAAGGUAGUCCUGCUGGAAAUCUCUAUCGACAGGCAGAAAAGGGAUCCGGAGGAGUUAGAUAUCCUCCUCGAACUCGCGAAAGAAGAAGCUUCCAAAAUGGCAAAGAAGGUUGAAUCUCUGAGGUCUGAGCUUGAGACCUUAAAAGAAGAAAAAUCUCACUCUUUAAACAAUGAGAAACUUGCAGCUGAAAAUGUCCAAACUCUGUUGGGAGAGAAAAAUAAACUCAUUAAUGAGUUGGGAAAUUCAAGAGAUGAGGAAGAAAAAAGUAAGAGAGCAUUAGAAAGUCUAGCAUCAGCAUUACAUGAAGUUUCUUCAGAAGCAAGAGAUGCCAAAGAAAAGCUCUUGUCUUUUCAAGUUGAGCACGAAAACUAUGAAUCUCAGAUAGAGGAUCUGAAGUUGGUUCUCAAAGGAACAAAUGGGAAGUAUGAAAGCAUGCUUGGUGAUGCCAGGAAAGAAAUUGAAGCUCUGACUAAUUCAAUCGAACAGUCCAAGCACGAUCAUCAGAACUCAAGAGCCGAGUGGGAGCAGAGGGAGCUUCACUCGAUGAAUUCUAUCCAGAAAUCUGAAGAGGAGAAAUCUUCUGUGGAAAGUGAAAUCAAUAGCCUGGUUAAUCUGCUGAAAAUGGCGGAGGAAGAAGCUUGUGCCACAAGACAGGAGGAGGAACAUUGGAAAAAUUCGUUCAAAGAAGCUGAAUCGGAAGCCAUUUACCUAAAGGAAGUCCUUGGUGAAGCAAAGGCGGAGAGCAUGGGAUUGAAAGAGGUUUUGAUGGACAAGGAAAAUGAACUGCAGAAUUUUCUUCAGGAAAAUGACGAGCUGAGGAAAAGAGAAGCGUCAUCGUUAAAGAAGAUUGAGGAUUUAUCUAAACUGCUUGAAGAAGUUCCGGCUAAGAAGCAUGAGGAGGAAAAUGGUGAGCUCACAGACAGUGAAAAAGAUUACGACAUGCUCCCAAAAGUGGUCGAGUUUUAUGAACAAAAUGGCACCGGAGAAGAGAAGCCUAAGGUGGAAAACCAAUCUCAGGAGACAGAGCUACCAGUACCUGCAAAGGAGACACUGCAUGAAGUUCAUGAUGUUAUUAAUAAUGAAUUUGUUCAGACAGCUUCAAAAAAGGAGAAUUGGAAUGGGAAAGUAAAAGAAAAUGAGUUAGAGAAGGGCAGUGAUGAUGCUACAGAAGUUGAUCUUAAAAUGUGGGAUAGUUGCAACAUUGAGGAAAAAGACUACUCUCCAGAGGGAGAGGGAGAGGGAGAGGGAGAGGGAGAGACAGAGCAGGAAUCCUUGGAGGACGAAGUGGAACACAAAGCCGAGGGCACAGACAGCCAAGAGCAGGCUAACGGUCAUUCAACAGAGAAUCCUGACAACGGCGGAAGCUCACCAACAAAGCAAAACGGGUUGAAGAAGAAGAAGAAACCGUUGCUUCAUAAAUUUGGGAGCCUACUGAAGAAGAAGAAGGGUACUACCAAUCAGAAGUAAUGCAUCAACUACCUAUUCUGUUUCCUAUCCACUUGGCUUUAGGAGGUAUACAGGAGACCAUACAUUGCAGUAUAAUUUGUGAAUGGUUUUUUUUUUUCAUUUUUAUCUUAUUUUGGCUCUCGUGGAGUCUUGAAUAUGAAAGGCUUGUAUCCUUUUUAGAAAUUUUUUUGUACCUAUCUCACAAUGUGAUUAGCUUGUGUGCAUUAGAUCUCAUUAAGAGGAAGUUUCUUGU